UUUUUUUGCUGUGGAAUGAUUGCAUAAUUGGAGAGGCCGAUAAGAGGAUUAUAACAAAUCUAUUGUUAUCUUAUGAUGAGGCUUUUGCUAUGGCUAAUGACCCCUUGGAAGGCUUCCAUGAGGUAAACCUUGCUUCACCUACUUCUCCGGACCUCCUUGGUGUGUAUGAAUCAGGAACUCAAGAGCAGACUACCUCACCAGGUGUCAUUUACCGGCCACAUCCUUCAGCUUUAUGCUCUGCCCCUAUCCAGGCUAAUGCAUUAGAUGUUUCUGACCUUCCUACACAACCUGUAUAUUCAUCUCCCAGACGUUUAAAUUGUGCGGAAAUAUCUAAUAUCAGCAUUCAUGUUACAGACCCAACACCUUGUUCUACCUCUGGAGUCACAACUGGGUUAACUAAAUUAACUACAAGAAAGGACAACUGUAAUGCAGAGAGGGAGUUUUUACAGGGUGCUACUAUAACAGAGGCUUGUGAUGGCAGUGAUGAUAUUUUUGGGUUGAGUACCGAUAGUCUCUCCCGUUUACGAAGCCCAUCUGUUUUGGAAGUUAGAGAAAAGGGCUAUGAAAGAUUAAAAGAAGAACUUGCGAAAGCUCAGAGGGAACUGAAGUUAAAAGAUGAAGAAUGUGAGAGGCUUUCAAAAGUGCGAGAUCAACUUGGACAGGAAUUGGAAGAACUCACAGCUAGUCUAUUUGAGGUUGGUCUAUUUACAUCUUGGCCAACAACAACAUCUUGAUUUUUAUAUAUUGAUAGAAUUGUUUUUGAGGAAAUCUUGAAAAAGAUAUGGUUAGCUUUAUGCAUAUU